AUGGCCUCAGCCGCCACACCAAAGCCCGGCCUCUCGCCUGCGCCAAUGGCUCUGCUCCCUCCCAUCCCGCUCUACCGGCGACUCCUGCGCGCGCACAGGAAGCAUCUCCCGACCGAGAUGCGGUUGUUGGGCGAUGAGUAUAUCAAGGCCGAGUUCCGCGCGCACCGCAAGGUGGACAACCCGGCGCAUCUGAUCGGUUUCUUAACUGAGUGGCAACUAUACGCGCAAAAGGUUGAAGGCGACGAGUGGAAGGGUGAGAAGAUUGACCCUGUCAAGGUCGCAAAGCUGAGCGACGAACAAGUCGGCCAGCUGUACGAGCUGAUGCAGGCAAUCAAGGAACGGAGCAAACAGGGUGAUGGAGAGGAGCAGUCGUAG